AUGCCGUCACUCCAGACCCUACAGAGAUUGAGAUGUAUUCAACCAGGAACAAAACUCAACUGUCAUGUCGAGAUCAACAUCGAUGGGCACCACGAGUCCAAGAUAUAUACCACCGGCACCACGAUCCAGGGUAGCGUUAGACUCAUCUCUCAGCGCCAAACCGCAUUUCAGUCCAUCCAAGUCAGUCUCAGAGGCACGAGUUCAACCCGCCAAGCGUCUCAAUAUGGAGGGCCCUUCACAACCCAUACCUUCCUCAACAUCCAGAUGCCCAUCUCUGAGGAUGUUCUGCCCGCUGAUCAUAUUCUCCAAGCUGGGGAGUAUUACGUCAUCCCGUUCUUGUUCAAGAUCCCCGAGGAUCUCUCUUUGCAUGCAUGCAAUCAUCGAAACCCGGUAGUGAAGGAGCGCCACCUCCUUCCACCCCCGAGCCUUGGAUCAUGGACGAAAAACGAUUUCACGGAUGGCUCGACAUAUGUCGAUUAUGUCAUUCGAGCGCGACUUGUGCUCAGAAAGAAUGGCUGCGAGGAAACAAAGUUUGUCGAUCAGAACACCUCUCUCAAGGUCGUUCCUAUGUUUCCUGAACAACCACCGAUUAACGUUGCUUCUUUGAACUCGCAAUACUGCUUGUCCCGGACAAAGACAAUAAGAAGGAACUUGGUUGGCGCUAAAGAAGGAACUCUCAAAAUUUCGACAACUCAACCUCGGCCAGUAAGACUUCAUCUGGAUCACCUUCAGCCAUCGGACUCUGAACUAGCGAUCGAUUUUGAAUACACAUCAUCGUCACAAAGAGGCACACCCCCCGAAAUGCGUGUUAAAGGAGCCGUUAUUGAGGUUAUCACCAGUUUCUGGACCGGCCCUGCUGGUUAUCUUCCGGAUCAUGAUGAGACACUACAAAGCGCUAUCUCCCCAGUCGCUCCAUGGACAAACUCAUACCCUAUACCCUUACAAGAGGUUGGGGAAGUAACUUGGGAAAAUGUCGCAACUCUCGGUUAUUUAGCGGAAUCAGAAAGAAGAGCGUCUGAACCAAUUCAAGUCAUCCCGGACAGUGCUAGCAGGCAGACACCAGCAUGCACAACAGCGAGUUCUAUCGAUAUCAAUUACAAUCAGCCGAAGCCACUUAUAUACAAGGCUACUUUGACACAACCUUUCGAGCUCCCGACCGAAAAAUUGCUAUUUCUACCCACUUUCCACUCGUGUAUGGUUAGCAGAAGCUACCGCAUUCGAAUCAUCCUAGCCUCGAGAGCUCAUGGUAGUAGGAUAUCUCUUAACAUACCACUCCAAAUAACAAGUGAAGGACCUGCCACUACCAGUAGUCCUAGAUUGCCUGUUUAUUAUGAUGAUGAAUUUGAACAAAUUGGCGAUUUACCUCCUCCAUACAGGAAAUAA